CAGAGUUUAGUUGUGUUACAAUAAUCGUAAAGUAAAUGCGUCGAAAUGACGACGCUAAUGUUUACAAUUUUUCUAUUUACACAGUAUUAUAACGUUUAUUCUUAUAUGACAAUAAAUAAAUAUGAUCUCAGUGAUUGUGUUUUAAAUCCAAAAUUAGUACAAGAAAUAGCUUCUUAUAAGAACAUUACGAAGACAAUUAUGAAUGAAGUAGUAAAUAAUGGUGACACAUUUUACAAUGAAUACGCAAAUUUCAUUGAUAAAUUUGGAGCGCGACCCGCUGGUUCAGUCGUGUUAGAGGAAGCGAUAGACCAUAUGAUAAAUCUGACGAGAAGCAACGGCCUAGAAACAGUUACCACUGAGGAUGUUAUGUCUCCACACUGGGUUCGUGGAUCAGAAACGGCCACGAUGAUCAAACCUAGAAUCAAACCAAUAGCUAUUCUAGGUCUAGGUUCCAGUGUUAGUACACCAUCUGGUGGUAUUACAGCUGAAGUUAUUGUUAUGCGAAAUUUUAAUGAACUAAACGAAACCAUAGAAUCAAAUGUUAAAGGUAAAAUUGUUGUAUUCGACGCUCAUUAUACUUCGUAUGGAGAAACAGUUGCUUAUAGAGUGGAAGGUGCUACAAAGGCUGCGGAAAAGGGAGCCGUUGCAUCAUUGAUACGAAGUGUUACACCAUUUUCAUUAUACACAACUCAUACGGGUUCACAAGAAUAUGGCAGUAACGUGACAAAAAUACCUACUGCAGCUAUAACACACGAAGAUGCUGAUUUAUUGAGAAGACUACAAGAUAGAGGUGCUACUAUAGUCAUGAGUAUAAAUAUGACCAGUACACUAGAUUACAAAACUUCCAGAAAUACUUUAAUAGAUUUAAAAGGUUGUGAAGAUCGCGAAAAACUAGUCAUAGUAUCAGGUCAUAUUGAUAGUUGGGAUGUAGGUCAGGGUGCUAUGGAUGACGGUGGUGGCAUGUUUAUCAGUUGGUACGUACCUGUUAUUAUACAUAAAUUAAAAUUGAAACCUCGAAGAACACUUCGUGCAAUCUUGUGGACAUCAGAGGAACCCGGCCUUGUUGGUGCUAUCGAAUAUCUUAAUAGACAUAUGAAUGAAUUGAACAAUAUUAAUUUUAUCAUGGAAUCAGACGAAGGAACAUUUGAACCUUUGGGCUUAGAUGUAUCUGGAUCACAAAAUGCAGUUUGUAUUGUUGCUGAAGUAUUAAAAUUAUUUAAGCCAAUAGAUAAACUGAAAGUUAGCUCAACUGUUGGGUCUGAUAUAACAAUUUUUAAUAGUAAAGGUGUACCGGGAGCUUCAUUGUUAAAUAAAAAUGAACGAUAUUUUUGGUAUCAUCACAGUAAUGCGGACACAAUGGACGUACAGAAUAAAAACGACGUUGUUCAAUGUGCUGCUUUUUUGGCGGCGUUUUCUUACGUUAUAUCUGACUUGACAGAAGAUAUUCCUCGCUAUUAAAUGUUGAAAAUUAAUUUCAUCACAAAAAUUUGAA